CUUAUCUUUCAGUUUGCAGAGGGGAAAAAAAUGGAGGGAAAGUAUGUGAGGUUCUGAUGAAUUGCUUCUGAUAAGGAAGAUGACGAUACGAUCAAUGGCUUCAAUCCGGUGCCGAUGCGUUCCUCUCAAUCCCACUCUCGAUUUCGUAUCUUUGGGAUCUCACCAUCGUCUUCUACCUGCAAUUUCUACACCCACCAGAAGAGUUCUGUCCCUCUCGGUUAUAUCCACCGCUCUUUCAACAUUGGCAUCAUCCUCCUCUCUCGCCGUUCCUUCCAUAUCCGCCGCCCCGGAGUUCUUCGAGCUCCCGGACUCAGGCGGCGUCAAGGCGCUUGAGCUUCGCGCUGGCUCAGGGGAAACCCCCGUCGACGGAGACCAGGUUGCGGUUCAUUACUAUGGAAGGUUGGCAGCGAAGCAGGGAUGGCGCUUUGACACAUCGUAUGACCACAAAGAUGAAAAUGGGGAACCUCUUCCUUUUACAUUUGUUCUUGGCUCCGGGAAAGUUAUUGCGGGAAUGGAAGCAGCUGUGAGAACCAUGAAAGCUGGUGGCAUCCGUAGAGUCAUAAUUCCACCGUCCCAAGGAUAUCAGAAUACAUCUCAAGAACCUAUUCCACCCAAUUACUUUGACAGGCAGAGGCUAUUUACCACCAUUUUUAAUCCAACACGUCUGGCAAAUGGUGAAGGUUCCAGCCUUGGGAUUCUCAUAUUUGACAUUGAGAUGCUUCAGGUCAGUAUUACUCAACUCGAAAUGGGCUAUCAAUCACACGUGCAUGUAUCUGGAUAUGAAGACAACUUCCCUAUUUAUACUAUUGGUAAGUGGGAUCCAUUAGUUGGUCAUCUGACAUCACAACGGGAAUUACGAUGUAAGUUCUGUCGUAGCGGGAUGAUGGUUGACAAAGGGUUGCUCCGAAAUGUGCUAGGAUGACCACGGUUGCUGAAAUUCGAGGUACACCUCGUCCUAUCCUUUCGAUCUCUCCUCUCUUACCACGUCGAGUAUUAACACUUUCGUUUGCCGAUUAUAGGUAUGAAUCUCCUCCCUUUAUUUAUAAACCUGAAUGAUUCUCUCACGACAAAAACUUCUUAUAUAUCUCUUGCCAAUAUAAAUUUUUUCCAGGAAUUACGUAAAAUUGUGAAAAGUGUGCUUGAUUUGUAUGGCUGAUGAUGUAGU